AUCCGUAAUCUUCUUUCUCCCCCAAAAUCCGAACUUUUUUUUUAUGGCAAGGAAGCAAGGAAGUCGCGACUGUUGAUCGCUUCAGAAGGUGUCGACGCGAGCAGCUCCCUGUGAAGAAGAAAAGAUUUCGAUGCUUUGUUUUUACUCUAAGGCAGAGACGUGGGAUUGGCAAAUUGACGGAGUCAUAAAGUGUUUCUAUGGCAGCAUCAAAGCUUCAAGCUCUUUGGAACCAUCCAGCUGGCCCCAAAACUAUUCAUUUCUGGGCUCCAACUUUUAAAUGGGGUAUCAGCAUUGCGAAUAUUGCAGAUUUCUCCAAGCCACCUGAAAAAAUCUCGUAUCCUCAGCAGAUUGCCGUUACUUGUACUGGAAUUAUCUGGUCGCGCUACAGCAUGGUGAUUACACCGAAAAACUGGAACCUUUUUAGUGUAAAUGUUGCAAUGGCUGGCACUGGGCUCUAUCAGCUUUCUCGCAAAAUCCAGAAGGACUACUCAUCUGAUGGGAAGGAAGAAGCUGUCAUGGAAUGAAGAACCACUUCCCCUCCAAAAUGGAGAAAUCUUAGAAAAUAUAAUUAAAUUUCUCAAUGUGCGACUGUUUCAUUUUUCUGGAAUGCAAUUUCUGUAUUUCUAUUUGUGAGAAGGUUAAUUUAUGUUAUGAAAUAAGUUAUGUAAAAUUAUUGGCUUCCAAUGCUUCCCAUGGCUUAUUAGCCAAUUAGUUCUGCUUUCACCUUUUUU